CACAGGAGCCCAUAAAGAGAGAGACUUUUGAAAUCAUCUUCAUCUUCACCGAAGCACACGAGUCGGACCUUCUCAACCCAGUAGUGAUGGCAGGAACCCAAAAGGCGUCUCUUUACGAACAAUCCAGAGAAGAGAGGAUCAAAGAGAAUCUUCAGAGGAUGCAAAAUCUAGGCAUCUUGAAUCUCUCUCGCAAACUCAGAUCUGAGAAUCGACCCGUUAAGAGAUCUUGUGGUAACCCUAAUUUGGCUCAGAGAUCGACUCCUCCUCUUCAGCCUUCUCGCCGAUCUUCUCGAUUGGAGAACACAACUCCAGUUAACUACACUGAUGGGAUUUAUGAGAAGGAUAAAAAAGCAUCUAAACUAGGGAGUGUGGUGAUUGGUGAAGGGGCAAAGCCAGAGAUUUACACUGAGGAACAUGAGAAGCUUCUUGGGAAUACAGAACGAACCUGGACUUGUUUUGUUGAUGGCUAUGAUAAGGAUGGGAAACGGGUUUAUGAUCCGGUUACGGGUAAGACUUGUCACCAAUGCAGGCAGAAAACGAUGGGAUACCGUACACAGUGCAGUGUAUGCAACUUGGUCCAAGGACAAUUCUGUGGUGAUUGUUUGUUCAUGAGAUAUGGUGAACAUGUGCUCGAAGCUCUGGAGAAUCCAAACUGGAUUUGUCCUCCUUGUCGUGGGAUUUGCAAUUGCAGUGUGUGCCGGAAUCAUAAAGGAUGGGUUCCAACUGGUCCGAUUUACAGAAGGAUAGCUGCACUUGGGUAUAAGUCUGUAGCACAUUAUCUGAUUCAAACCAAACGGGCACAAACUGAUGACUCAACCCCAAAUCAAGCUUCUGCAAAGAGAUCACUUUCCUUUCAAGAAAAGAUUACUGAUGAUGAAGAUGUACCAAAUCUUCAGAUUGAUGAUUUCUUGCAGAAAGAGGAAGAUGAAAACACAAACGAAAAUCAGAAUGGCGAUCUCCCUGAAGAAGUACAAAAGCUUCCAAAAAUCAAAAAUCAGAAUGGUGAUUCCUUGAAGAAAGAGGAAGAUGAGAAUCCAAAUCCAGCUAGAAGGUCACUGAGCUUCUUAUUACCUUCUGUGGAUGAUCAAGCUGCAUUUGUGGAUGUUCAGGUCUUAAGUUGUCUUGAGCCACCCAAGCAAAAAGGUCAGGAAAGGAUAGGACAAAACUCGAAUUUGGAGACAAGACCAGUAAGCUACUUGCUUCCUGUGGAUGAUCAGACUAUAUUGGUUGAUGUUCAGGUCUUGAGUUAUCUUGAGACGCCAAAGCAGGAUAAACAAGAACAUCCAUGUGCCCACAUUGGUGAUGCUCUUCCAGAAGUUCAAGAAAGGACAGGACAAGACCUGACUUUGGAGACAAUACCUAAGGAAAAUCAGACUCCUGUUGUCGAAGCUCAUAACCAGGUCCUAUCCGAUGAGACAGGGACCGGGGUUAACUCAGUGAGUACUCGAGUAACAAGAGGUAAGAGGAAAGCGGCUCUUGAACCUAAUCCAAACAGCAUUGGUGGAAGACUAAGGCAGCGCGGAAGGAAUUAAACUGAGCUUUAGAAGAAACCUAACCUCUUUUGUUAAGCUACUACAUGACUCUUUCAGAUUUUUCUUUUUGGGUUUCUUUGCCGAUGUGCAAUCUAUUUUGAAAGUCUAACAUCUUUUGUUUCCAACGGAUCCUUAAAAGAAUCAUUCCAAGCCCUCUUUUGUUUAAACUCUAGUUAUUAAUAUAAUUAAGGACGAUUAGGAAAAUUAAA